CUAGCCGUUACAGUUGUUGUGUCGAAACUGGUGAUCUAUCAAAAUCGGGAAUCCGACACAACACCGGACAACUGUGUAUAGUGAUACCUUAUGUGAGAUAGCGGCUGUGUGUGACACAGGAAGCAGCGUAACAGGUGUCAAAUUGAUAGCAUCUGACUCCGUCACUGAUUAUAAACAAGAUGAACAAAUACAGGAAGCAGAUGGCAGAGCAGUUCCUGAGUCAGGCCCUGGGCAUCAUCUGCCUGCUAACCGGAGAGGAAUAUGUCAUUAUGAAGAAGAGGCCCUCCCACAGCAGCAUUCACCUGCAGAGCAGCGGAGAGGUGCCUAUAAAGUUUGAUGAUGUUGCCGUGUAUUUCUCUAUGGAGGAAUGGGAGUAUAUAGAGGGACACAAGGAGCUUUACAAGGACGUCAUGAUGGAGACUCACCAAGCACUAAGGACUAAUGAGAUUCCAGGAAAUGAGAGCUCAGAACUAACAGGUCACAGAGAUGAAAAUCUAGACACAGAAACACAAGGAGAACUUGUACAGAAUAUUCAGCCAGUGGAGAGCCCAUCAGACGUCUUUGCAGAACUAACAGGUCACAGUAAUGAAAAUCUAGACACAGGAUCACAAGGAGACCUUGUACAGAGUAUUCAGCCAUCAGAUGUCUCUGCAGGUACCUUGCUAAAAGCCUCCCGAAUUUAUUGCGGCCCUCAUAUUGUCUUUGUCGGUUAUGAAAUGCUUUUCUCUUAA